AUGGUGGUGGUGGCGCCUGUGAUGACGCUAAGUCGCUGGAAUAAACUCCAACCUCGUCUUCUCCGCCAUUUUACUCUCCUACUACCUCUUCGUCUCUUUCUCUCUCUGCGCGAACUCAAUUCUCCACGAGAAGCAACAAGGGCUGCGGCUUCCUCUUUCCUAUCGACGCCUUCUCUCUCAAACUCCAAAUCCACCAUCUCCUUCUCCUCCUGCCUCUCCGUCGCUCCUGUCCCAUGCCUACGCCGCAUUGUCUUCCGCUCUCCAUCUCCCGCAUCCUCUCGCCGGAGACCCAUGACCGUACAAUCCAAAAUCAGGGAGAUCUUCAUGCCGGCUCUCUCCUCCACCAUGACAGAGGGUAAGAUCGUUUCAUGGAUCAAAUCCGAAGGCGAGAAGCUUGCAAAGGGAGAGAGUGUCGUCGUUGUCGAGUCCGAUAAAGCCGAUAUGGAUGUCGAGACCUUCUACGAUGGGUAUCUCGCCGCCAUCGUCGUUGGUGAGGGGGAGACCGCUCCUGUCGGGGCUGCGAUCGGGUUGCUGGCUGAGACGGAGGCGGAGAUCGAGGAGGCUAAAGCCAAGGCCGCUUCAAAAUCAUCCUCCCCCACUGUCCCUGCCGCAGCCGAGGCCGUCACUUCUCCUCCUCCGGCGACAUCCACUCCCGCUCCGGCGAUCUCUCCGCCGGUUGCGGCGCCGGCGAAAGCCUCCGCCAGUAACUUGCCGCCUCCAUUGCCUGAUUCCAGCGUGGUUCCCUUCACAACGAUGCAAGCUGCAGUGUCCAAGAACAUGGUGGAGAGUCUCUCCGUUCCCACAUUCCGCGUGGGUUAUCCCGUGGCCACCGAUGCACUCGAUGCUCUAUACGAGAAGGUGAAGCCAAAGGGUGUGACAAUGACUGCGCUUUUGGCCAAGGCUGCGGCCAUGGCUCUUGCUCAGCAUCCUGUGGUGAAUGCGACCUGCAAAGAUGGGAAGAGCUUUACUUACAAUAGUAACAUAAACAUUGCAGUGGCUGUGGCUAUCAAUGGUGGGUUGAUCACGCCUGUUCUUCAGGAUGCUGAUAAGUUGGAUUUAUACUUGUUAUCCCAAAAAUGGAAGGAGCUUGUGGGCAAAGCUAGGUCUAAGCAACUGCAACCACAUGAAUACAACUCCGGGACUUUCACUUUAUCCAAUCUUGGCAUGUUUGGAGUGGAUAGGUUCGAUGCUAUUCUUCCCCCGGGCCAGGGUGCCAUCAUGGCUGUUGGGGCCUCAAAGCCGACUGUAAUUGCUGACUCUGAUGGGUUCUUCAGCGUGAAAAACAAAAUGCUGGUGAAUGUAACCGCGGAUCACCGGAUUAUAUACGGCGCUGACUUGGCUGCAUUCCUUCAGACCUUCGCGAAGAUUGUGGAAAACCCCGAUAGCCUGACACUGUAAGGCAGGCAAAAAAAUCCCUCCCUAUUCUUUUGGCCAUAUGCCGAUUUUUCUCAGGUAAUAAAACCUUUGCCAGAUCUCCGGUUUCGUACCGAUAAAGUUUCAUGCUUUUGUUAACACCACAAAGUUCUUUAGGGUUUUUUUGGCCAUUUUCAGGGGGGUUGCAUAAGGAGAGUUUGAUUUCUUUCUUCUAAACAAGUUCAUCUGCUUCGUUUCAUUCCAUGUAAUGGAGCUUAGGGUUUUUCUGUGAUCAUGAAUCACUUGGCUUAGGGUUUCAUAUAUAGUUGUCACUCCCGAUUUUCGACGUUCUUUUGGGAAUCCGAUAUAACAAACCGAAGCAAACCGUUGUGUUUCCGUUCUAAACCAAAUCAUUUUCGACUUA